AUGGCUACACUUUCGGCAGUUCGUGGCAUAGCCCACGCCCUCUAUUCAAACCUGUUUGUUACUUUGCCCCAACCGAAAAAAGACACCGAUCUCUCCGGGGAAAUAUUCAUCGUCACUGGCGCAAACACGGGUCUUGGCUACGAGUCUUGCGUCUGGCUGUCCCGCCUUGGGGCUAAGAAGAUCAUCAUGGCCGUGCGCACUGAAGCCAAAGGACUCGAUGCCAAGACAAGGAUUCUCGCAGUAACCGGUCGUCCAGACACUUCAAUUGAAGUCUGGCACCUCGAUAUGAACAGCUACGAUUCCGUCAAACGUUUCGCCAACCGUGCACAGGGUCUCGAGCGCCUGGAUGGAGUCCUUGCCAAUGCUGGUAUCAUGACGCGCAACUGGCGGCUAAGCGAGGGUAUCGAGUGUUCCUUCAACGUCAACGUCGUUAGCACGUUUCUUUUGUACUUCCUGUUAGCACCCAAGAUGCGUGAAUCUGGCAGGAAUACUGGGAAUACAUGCCGCUUCGUCGUCCCAAACAGUGCGUUGCACUUUCUCGCGCCUCUCGCAGAGCUCCAGUCCACGCAAGGUACAAUUAUGGAACGUCUCAAUGACGAGGCAAACAGUGUCAUGGGUACUCGCUACAAUCUGACCAAGUUGCUGGUCAUCUACGCUGUGCGCGAGCUGGCGACACUGAAUAACGGCUCAAUCAUUAUUAACACACCCAACCCCAGUUGGUGCAAGUCUGGCCUUGCGCAUGAGCAGAUGGCUGCUGAUCCGGGAGCCAAGCAAGCUGAGGCGCUCCUGGCGAGGUCUACCGAGGAAGGCAGCCGAGCUCUUGUGCAUGGGCUGCUGAGUGGUGACGACACUAAUGGACAGUAUCUCUCCAAUUGUCAAGUACACAGCCCAUCUUGUCAGGUCACAGGCAGCUGGGGCCAGCAAACUCAGAAGGAGUUCUUCCGCGAGCUGGUGGAGAAGCUUGAGACUAUACAGACAGGCAUCAAGGCGAACGUAUAG